AUGUCGCCUACUAUUACAUCAUUGAGUGGGCUGGGAUCAAAAAAUCUUCCGCUAAAACCUAUUCAGCCCACACAAUAUUGGUCCUUUGAAAAUGUUUUGGCUUUGAUCAAUGAUUGUCAAGAUCCAUAUAUAUCAGACGCAUUGGAUGAAUACUUACUUCUCCUCAAAGAUGUUAUAUUGACCCCGUCACCGUUUACUGUCGAAAAGUCAACGCUGAACAUCAAAGCUGGAACCAAGGAAAUAUCUGUGCGUGGAAUACUAUACACUGACAUCACCCAACAAAAUAUAAAAGAUGGUGAAUUGAUUCAAAAAUAUCUUGACUUUGACAUUAAAGAGAUUCUUCGGAGCAUUGACCAAGUUUGCAAAAGAGUGCCUCCCAAAACUGCACCCAAAUUGAAUUUCAAGAGCAAAUUGAAUGACGAUAGAGUAGCACAAUUGGAUAAUGACCGAAUAAAACUCUACAUCACCAACAUACUACGAGAAAGAAGAACAGUUUUGAAGAUUGCGCGGGUGGCUUUGAGCAACAAAACUAACCCAGCCACAUCUUCUGUGAUUAGAAACAUUGGUAAGGAGUUGUUUUUAUCUAAAGACUAUAUCGAGAAAUUGAUCAAUUCGAUCCUGGAUACGUUGGACUCCAUUGUUGAUGAAAGCUAUAAAACAGCAUUAUCAAACAGUAUAGAUGACACCAUUUUCAACGAGUUGGUAUUAUUUUGUAUUGACUCGUGCAGAGUUUUGAUCGAAGUUGCUGCCCAAAAUCCUUUGAUCACAAAAGACUUGGUUAAGAAAUGGUUUGAGCUGAUGCAGAAAACCAACUUUGCUAUUGCUUUGGGUCCUAAUUUACAAUAUCCGGAAUCUUUUGAAUUGAUUCAGGCUUUGUUCACAAUUAUAUCCAUCGAAUUCCUUGAUCUUGACAGUGCGUACGACUCUCUUGACGGUGAUCUUGGAUUGUAUGUAUCUGAUGUGGAAGUGUUUUCAUUCAUCAACAAUGUUAUUACUAGUGACUACAACAAUAACGCGGUCAUUUUGUAUUGCUGGAGUAUCAUCCUGUUGAGAAAAUCGUAUUUUUCUCAGGAGUAUCCCACAUCCUCAACUGCCAAGUCAUUUGAGACAAAGUUUCCCAAUUCGGUCUUGGACAACAUUGUUAACCAAUGCAACAACAAGAGCUUGUCUUUGAACAUUUUUGGUUCAUUGAAAAAUUUGAAUGACAAGGUGAAUUUUGACAAGUUGUAUUCCACUGUGUUGUCAUCGGUCAUUACUGCUUCCAUUCCAUUGGUAGAAUUAACCCCAGAAAUCACCAAUACCAUAUUUGAAAUCAUAAGAAAUUGUCCAGAUACUGUUGUGGAAAAGUUUUUCAAUAAUGAGGCGACAAUUGAAGCCCUUAUUAUUGCAAGGGCCAAGUUUCCUCUCUUGUUGUCGCCGUACAUCAAGCUCGCAUCUGUGAAUGGUGAUUUUGCGUUACACGAAUUCAACGAUUUAAAGUCAUACAUUCAAGUGUACAAUAGAUCCCAGUUUGAUAAAUUAUACCAAAUUGACGACCAAAACCCCGAACUAGUCAAACUCAUUGAUGAAAUAAAUUUGUUCCCACAGUUCGAAUCAAACAAGAAACUCGCCAUGGCAUUGUCAUCGGGUACCAGAGCAAAAAUGUUGCCUGCAGCUAAUCUGGAUGAAGUAUUGGUGACCUUUUUGCAUGAUUACAAUGGAUGGGCUUUUAUUGGGAGAGUGAUUUAUAAUAUCUCGAAAGGGGUAGGUGGUUUUGACGCAUCAAAGGAGGAGUUGAUUCUCGAUAUCUUGCGAUUGAUGACAACAGUUCUGGCCGAUUGUGAAGAGGGACAAACAAAGUUGAUGUUGGAGUCCAUGUCAGCAUACACUGACGAAUCUGAUAUAGUGGGAAUAGUUCUCAGUUUACUUGAUCAAGCUUUGCAUACGAGGAACAUUGCUAUUCUGUCUACUGCUUUGGAAUUGUUGUCAAAGUUGUUGCCUAUUGUUUCAAGUAGAAUAUGGCAGUACUUGGGCAAGUCUUUGUUGUUUACUCGUGAUGGUAAAGAAGGGCUAGCAACAACUAUUUUUGGGGCAGUGGAGAUGGUCAAUGGAGAUUUUCGAUUUUCAUUGGCGCUUGUUGAAUUCGCUAAGGCUUUGGUUAACGAUUGCAUUCUGGAAGAUGCUAUUUUCGACAAAUCAAGGGAGGACAUCAUACAUCAGUUUACAUCGCAUCUAGUAUUUUUGUUUGAGAACUUUUCACAUUGCCACUUUUCCCGUGUUUAUGAUAGGUUUCGACUUGGCAGCUCAUUAUUGGACUUGUUCAGUGCAAUCUUAACAACAGCUUAUGGAGUGGAGAAAAAUUGCCCUCCUGAGAAUAAACUCACAAGGGUUUUCUUCAAAGGAAGUCAGUUUUUAUUGAAUUCCUUUUUAGCAACAGAUUCAGCUUCUACGAGAGCAAUCUUGCCAAUUCUUAAUGUUGUUGACUCGGCCACGCAUCACAUUGAUUUGUUUGAGUUAACUGAUAUAUCUGGAGUUUGGUUUGGCAGAUGGAUUUCUCGUGCAUUUUCGUUUGCCGAGUUGGCCAUACGCUUGCGCAGUAACCUGGGUUUGUCUCCUCUGGCCUUGGAGAAAACACUAUUCGCAAAAGCUAGUGAUUUGGUCACGAUUUUUGCUACCAACGAAUCAUACAAAUUGAGUUCGAUAAGCUUGCUCACUAGUUUGAUUGGUGCUGUGUGGGAGAAUGAACCGACACCAUCGUUGUUGUCUCAUGUAGGACACUUUGAUGCUCAGGUUUUGAAACAGUCUAUCAUAUCAACUUUAAAAAAUACAUUGGAUGAUUACGAUUUAAAAAUUGCUUUGAGUGAGUUUAUUUGCGCAGUGAUGCGUAGUCGACAAGAAGGACUAAUAGUGUUGUUCAAUACUGGUAAGAAUGCAUUUCCUGUGACCGAAAAGGAGCCAUCAAAUGAAGCACUGGGCAGGGAAUUGGAAAGUCCGAGUGAAUCAGUUGUUCAAAUUUUGAAAAAGAGCGUUAGAGAAAUGAAGUAUUAUCCGAAUUUUGUAAACCUUCAUUUGAUUGAUGCUAUUGCGUUAUCCAGUAACGCAUGGACAAUGGUUAAGGAGUCCAACUUUGAUAAAGAGUUUAUUCAGAUUUUAAUUGAUCGUGUCGCGGUGCAAAAAACAACUGACGCUCCAAAAACGAUUGACGAGUUUAUUGAUCGGUGCUACGAAUUGGUCUUAAAUGCAAAGAUUGCGGAUAUUCUUUCAAUAUAUCUAUUCACCACAAAGAAUGAAAACUGUCACGACCAAAUCAUCAACUUUAUCAAUUCAACGAGCUUUAUCAAGAUUGUUGAGCAAAAGUUUGAGAUCAAGCAUUAUCAACAUUCGUUGCAUGCUGAAUUGGAGAACUCGUUCAAAAACUUUUUUCCCAAUCUUGAACUUGCAAAAUUUGCAACCUCCUUGAACAAGCCAAACACUAUAGGAUUCAACUCCAUAUACAAUCUCGAAUUCAUGGAUAACUUAUUCCGUAAGCAAGCUUCUUGGAGCAGCAACGUCAAAGAACAAAUCAUUGCAUCAAGUGUGAAUAGCCAAUACUUGCUGGCACAAUUAACGGCUGCCAAGUCGUUUGGAACGUUGUUGACAAGUUUCUGUCGUCGAUUCCAGGGGCCUUUGAAUGACGAAUUGUUGGGGUUGGUUGACUUCUUGUUAAAGGUUGACAUUGUUGAAAACAUUCCAUCGCUCGAGUUCCGUCAAAUUUAUUUUGACAGGAUUGAGCUUGGCUUUUACAUUUUGUACUCGUUUUUCACACAGUAUAGGCAGAGCAGUAAGCAUGACGAGAAGACGGCCACCAUCUUUGAAAUUGUUAAAAGUGCAAGCACAUUGUUGUCGUCAACUAGCUUUAAUUUCAUUGCCGACUUGGUUGCAUCUGAGGGUACUUAUCGACCUUUAUUACGAGUUAUUUAUUGUUCAUUGAAAAUGAUUGAAGGGGCAAAAGGCGGGGAUUCAAAAAAAGCUGUUUUGGGAAGGCAUUUGAGUUUAUUUCAAAACUUGUUUGAUGCAAUCAUAAUCAAAGGUGUCAAGUCGCUAUCAGUUGAAUUACAAAAGGAUGUUUUUGCACUAAAAAGGAGUGGCAAUACCAAAGAUUUGUCUCAAUAUAAAUUGGGCGAAAAAUUCAAUGAUCUACAACUAAUAUUGUCGAUUUUAAAGGUGUUUAUUGCAUUCAAACCAAAUGAACCGUUAUUAACACAAGGAGUAGCGUCAUUAGUGAAAGACGCAGGUACAGUAAAAACGUUGUUGAAUAUCUACACCAUUUCCCAUUGGAUUGAUAUAGGAGGUGACGAGUUUAUGUUUGCACAAAUGAGUUUGCAGUACUUGAUGGAACUAAUGUCUAUUGAUUCAAUAGCCCAUUCGAUUAUAACAUCGGGUCUUUUUGUGUCAUUGUUGGAAAGUCCGAUUUCUCGUCCUAUUAGAGCAGGUGGAUUAUCAGUAUUGAGUGGUUCAAAGCAUUAUCGAUUGUGGAUUGAUGGGAUUUUACCAAUACUUAUCACCAGUAUUGACAAAUUGGGCGCGUCGAUAAUUGCUGAAGUUUGUGUUGUUUUGCAAUUGUUUGCUAAACAGAUUCAAUCAUGUAUAACGAGUUGGGCUCGUGAUUCGUCGAGCUUGAAAAUCUCGACUGGUGGUGUUUAUGAAACCAAUCAAAUCUUGGUGAUUUACAAUUUGUUGAGGGCAAUGAAUGUGCGUGAUUAUUUGGAUUCGACAUUGCUGGAAUACGCGAAUCAAGGAACCUAUGGUAAGAAGAAGCUGAUGGACAGUGAGGGCCAAGUUGACCAUGAUGAAGAUGGCCACGAUGAAGAUGACAAUGAUGCUUCCACGAUUGUCGAUAUGAAGGUUUUGCCUGGACUAGAUUCGGAAUCGAAUCGGGAUGAUUUCAUUGAUUGCAUUGACAAUCUACUCAAGCAUCCUAAAUUCCUCACAUCGAGAAUCAUUGCAAGCACCCCUGAAGAGAGGUUGAUUAUUGAUCAAGGCGGUGAGCAAUACAAUGGGUUUGUCAAGAGGAUCUUUGAAGAUAUUAGAGAAAUGAAGAACAUGUUGUCGUAG